GCCUGGUUUGAUGGCCUCUGCUGCCGUUGCUCCGGUCACUCAGCAGGUCAGCGGCUGCGCGGCCCCGGCUCCGGGCCCGGCCCUGAGUGGCCCCGAGCGCGGGCAGCCCCUGGCGGCCUCCGUGGCCGAGCUGCCCGUGCAGGAUGCCUCCGGCAAGCGAGUGCCGUUCGGCGCACUGUUCCGAGAGCGCCAGGCCAUCGUGGUUUUCGUGCGGCAUUUCCUGUGUUACAUCUGUAAAGAAUACGUGGAAGAUCUGGCCAAAAUCCCUAAGAGUGUAUUACAAGAAGCAGAUGUCACCCUUAUAGUGAUUGGACAGUCAUCCUACCAUCACAUUGAGCCUUUUUGCAAACUGACUGGUUAUUCCCAUGAAAUCUAUGUUGAUCCCGAGAGAGAAAUUUAUAAAAAAUUGGGAAUGAAAAGAGGUGAAGAGCUUGCUUCCGCAGGACAGAGCCCCCACAUAAAGUCAAAUCUACUCUCAGGAAGCCUUCGGAGCCUAUGGAGGGCAGUGACUGGCCCUCUCUUUGAUUUUCAAGGAGAUCCAGCUCAGCAAGGCGGAACCCUCAUUUUAGGUCCAGGUAACAACAUCCAUUUUAUACACCGUGACAGGAAUAGGUUGGAUCACAAACCCAUAAACUCUGUUUUACAGCUUGUAGGAGUUCAGCAAGUGAACUUCACAAGCAGACCUGCAGUUAUCCAUGUGUGACUUAAUAUGGAGUGCAUUGCUUUUGAAUGAACCCUCAGGAAUGGGCUUUAAAUGCUGGGGUGUAGUAUUCUUGUGCAGUGUUUACCUUGGUGGCCCUGCCUAGCCUUUGAGGGGUUAUGAAAACAUAAAGAGACCAUGUACUGGUGGAAUUGUAUGCAGAGAAGCAUCAGUUGUCAAAAAUGUGAUAUAUAUUUCUAAGUUUAUAGCUUUCAUAAUUUUAUGCAAAACAAGUAUCAAUAUAGAAAAUACACAAAAUAAAACUAAAAGCU